GUCUUAUUCACGUUGGUGAUGAACUGAGAGAAGUCAAUGGGAUUCCUGUAGAUGAUAAAAAACCUGAAGAAAUAAUACACAUUUUGGCUCAGUCUCAAGGAGCAAUUACAUUUAAAAUUAUACCCAGUGUGAAGGAAGAAAUGCCCAUGAAGGAAGGCAAGAUGUUUAUCAGAGCCCUAUUUGACUAUGAUCCCAACGAGGAUAAAGCAAUUCCAUGUAAAGAAGCUGGACUUGCUUUCAGAAAAGGAGAUAUCCUUCAGAUCAUGAGCCAGGAUGAUGCAACCUGGUGGCAGGCCAAACACGAAGGUGAUGCCAAUCCCAGAGCAGGCUUGAUCCCAUCAAAGCAUUUCCAGGAGAGGAGAUUUGCACUAAGAAGACCAGAAGUGCAGAUUCAGCCACUGAAAAUUUCCAACAGAAAAUCAUCUGGUUUUAGAAGAAGCUUUCGUCUUAGCAGAAAAGAUAAAAAAACAAACAAGUCUAUGUAUGAGUGCAAGAAGAGUGAUCAGUAUGAUACAGCAGAUAUCCCAACCUAUGAAGAAGUUGCAAAAUACAGACGACAACCUAAUGACAAAUACAGGCUUGUUGUUUUGGUUGGUCCUGUAGGGGUUGGACUGAAUGAACUUAAGCGGAAGUUGCUGAUCAGUGAUACCCAACACUACGGGGUAACAGUGCCACACACUACCCGUCCAAGGAGAAGCCAAGAAAGUGAUGGUGUCGAAUACAUUUUCAUUUCCAAGCACUUGUUUGAGACAGACGUACAGAAUAACAAGUUUAUCGAGUAUGGAGAGUAUAAGAACAACUACUAUGGUACAAGUUUAGACUCUGUUCGAUCAGUUCUUGCUAAAAACAAAGUUUGUUUGUUGGAUGUGCAGCCUCAUACAGUGAAACACUUACGGACAUACGAGUUUAAACCAUUCGUUAUAUUUAUAAAGCCUCCAUCACUUGACCGUUUGAGAGAGACCAGAAAACAUGCCAAGAUUAUUUCAAGUAAAGAUGACAAGGGAACUGCAAAACCCUUUACAGAAGAAGAUUUUCACGAAAUGAUUAAAUCUGCCCACGUGAUGGAGAGCCAGUAUGGCCACCUGUUUGACAAGGUGAUAGUUAACGACGACCUCGCUACGGCUUACGCUGAGCUCAAAGCAACUUUUGACAGGUUGGAGACUGAGACCUUCUGGGUUCCUGUCAGCUGGCUGCACUCAUAG